AUGUCAUUCGCAGGCGUAUCCCUGAUCCGCGACGGCAGGCUAUGGCCAUCUGCGUCCGCCACUGACGAUGCCGCCGCCGCCAGUGGGUACCACUUGCUCGUGGUCGAAGGCUACUCGCGCACCAAGGCCGACGUCCUGAAUGGCAAUUACAUCGAGUCUCGCUGUUUCAGAGUUGGAGGGUAUCUCUGGACUGUCCGGUACUACCCGAACGGCUUGUGGACGAGCCACGCCGACUUUAUCUCCGCUGGUCUCUUUAUAAGGAGGGAUGACUUCGAGGAUUCAGAACAUCUCAAGGAUGACAGUUUCACCAUCAGGUGCGAUGUUGUCGUCAUCAAGGACGUCGACGCCAAGGCCACGGCUUCACCGUUCGUCACGGUGCCGCCGCCUGACAUGCAGCGGCACUUCGCGGACCUCCUGGCGUCCAAGGAAGGCGCGGAUGUGACGUUCAACGUCGGUGGAGAGAAAUUAUCUGCACACCGGUGCGUCCUCGCGGCCCGGUCUAGAGUCUUCAAGGCUGAGCUUUUUGGCCCGAUGAAGGAGGGCAAAGUGACUGCAGGCGUCAUAUAUGUGAAGGACAUGGAGUCUCAAGUUUUCAGGGCAAUGCUUGCGUUCAUUUAUACCGACUCGGAGCCAGAGCUAGAGAAGGGAGAUGAUGAAGAUGUGAUUUGGCGGCAGCUGCUUGUUGCGGCCGAUAGGUAUGAUCUCCAGCGGCUGAAGCUCGUGUGUGAAGAUAAGCUGUGCGGGUUCAUCAAUGUGAACACCACGACGGCCAUCCUGGCUCUAGCUGAGCGCCAUGGUUGUGAUGGGCUGAAGAAGGCGUGCUACCAUUUUCUGGCCACUCCAGGAAAUGUUAAGGCUGUCGUGGCCACUGAUGGCUUCGACCAUCUGAUCAGCAGCUCCCCAUCUGUUGUCAAGGAGUUGAUGGCCAUGCUUGCUCCUUAG